CAUGCGCUGAAUGCAGCAAGUGUAGACCUUACCGUGAAAUGCUUACUUACAAGCCCUUAACCAACAGUGCAGUCUACAGUAUGUCAUGGAAAAAGCAGGUAUUUCUAAUGUUUUGUACAUUCAGUGCUAUAUAGCUAACUUCAAUAAACAGAUGUAAAAUAAACAAAUGAAAGGUACUGUACAUGUAACAACAUAUAACAAAAUAGUGUUGUCUGGCACUUCUGUUCUCCAUUUGGUACCAAUUUUUAUGUUAGUCUUUAUUUUGUCUUAUCAAUGUUCUAUAAAUUGUUUGUACUAUAUGAGAAAUCCUACAGGAAAUAAAUAAUGAUGAAAUAAGAUCAAAUGAGAGGCUACAUUUUAAAAAAAACUUGUUUCUCUGGGUGUCUUUGAACAUAAAGUAAGUAACAGUAGGCUGACUUAAACAGAAUAUCAACUGUGUUAAAAAUCGAUUCGAAGAUGAGAAACCUCAACUAGCACGACAUACAAGUAAAGUAUAGGUUGUAGGCCUAUUUGAUAGGAUUUAGCCAAUCUAGAUCGCCAGGGAAACAUUUGAGACAUCGUAUUGGUUGAAUAAAUCCUCGGUGGGCGUGGCCAUACUGUACUGCCCCGCGUGCUGCUGUCACAGCUGCAACUGAAGCAACGUGUGAAGUUGUACUUCCCGAGCAGAGUUCAAUCACCCUCAUAGAAAGUUUAUGGAUUUAUUUGCUGAACCGAAAAGCAGAACACUGCCACUCUCUCUGUCACCACCCCCACCACCUCGUUACCACCUCCCAGUUAGAGGAAGUUCACUCCACUUCACUGUUCUCUCGGUCAGACCCUGCAGCAGCACGUUGAACACUGGGCCAGUGUGACGGAAAUUAAGGGGACCUUUUGUGUAUCGCUAAAAAGAGGAACCUUCCUGGGAGGGAAAAGACACCAGGCCGUGGCCCCGCCAUGCAUGUGAGACAUGACCAACAAGGCAGCCUGAGAUAGCUCGAGCAGCCCCCCGAGCAGCAUGGAGCCUAUAGGCAGCUGCGCCCCCUUGGCCUCAGAGUCAGACAUCUACCGCAGUGUCCAGGCCGUGCUCAGGGAGCUGGAGAGCCAACACCCCUCCUCUGUGCUCAAUAAAGGGAUGCUAAGAUGGACGCUGCACAAGAAGGUUCGGAACAAUCCUGCCAACAGUCUCAUUCUGGUGAGAGUCGUCGUCAAGGAGCUGGAAAGGGCUGAGAGGGUAGACUGUCGGACACACAUCAUCCCCCUGCUCCACACACUCAUCUAUGCUGUCAUCCAGUCAGCCUACCUUCCUGACGACCUGUACAAGCGGGUGUACGACUUCUGCAAGAGGCUGCUUACCCUCCCCCAGCCCUACUGUACUGUAGGCCUCAGCUACACCAGACGCAUGAAGACAGAACGCUACACACCAGGAGUGCUGUAUCAGAGGAUGGUGGUCGCAGAGCAGAGCCUGAAGAAUGACUACCAUUCCUUUCAGGAGAGGGUGUUUGUGUUCGCCGAUCCGGCGGUCUUCUCCGGCCCCCACGGUGAGGCGCUGAGGGGGGACAUCGAGGCCUCGGGGUCAGGGGGGUAUCUGAAUCCCCUUGACCACAUGCGGAGCGUGGUCCAACACUCCAUCCAGGCUGCUCUCGGAGGGGAGCUGUGCCACGGUCCUAAACUGGCACAGGCACUGAAGGAAAUUGGCCAGGACGUGGAGCCGUACUUCCAGGAAGUGGUGGCCAGUCUGGAGCAGAGUGUGGAGGAGGGCACCAAGGGGGAAGGGGUGGUGCUGAGGGGGAGACUGGGACAACUCUACAGAGAGAUCCUCACCCAUACUGACACAUCAGACACAUUGUCCUCCGGUGGUGGGGGAUGCCUGUGUGACAUGCCGCUUCCCAACCCAGAGAUGAGCUUCCACCUGUGGAGGGAGGAUGAGGAGAUCUGGCGCGAGCUGGCCAAGUGCGUGCGCUCCAGCUCCAUGUCGUCGGAACACUUCUGCCUCAGCCAGGACCAAGAGACCGACUUUGACCUCGCCGACCUCCCCGCCGACCUCACUUCCUCCUCCGCCAUGCCCCGCCACUCCGUGAUGUCCACCGACAGCGGCAUCGAGAGGGACCUUCCCCCUGGGGUUGAGCCUUCAGUGGUGGAACCCUCUGGUGGCUCGGAGGAGGGGGAGGCCAGGUUAACCCGACGAGGAGGCAUCAAGAUGAGGCCGUCAGUCACGGACAAUAUGGCCCUGAUGCAGGACGCUCUGGAGGAGAGCGGGAGUGUGGCCGGCGGAGGCGGGGGAGGGGGGACACUUCAUAGGAAGGCGGGGUACAGCGGGACCCCCUCAUUCUCCAAGCAGCAGAGGCACUUCACCGCCCGGAUCGUGGUGAUGGGGGACGACAGGGUGCUGGGGAAGCUGGCUAAGGCCUUCUACUUUCUCCGGAAAAGGGAAGCGCGUCGUCUCUUUCUGACCAUGAAAGUCAACUUCCAGUUUUACUACAUCCCUGUCUGUGAGGAUCCCAGUACCACCUGUCCUGUCAGAGAAAACCUCUCCCCAUCCCGGGAAAACCCCUGUGCCCUGGGUUCCUACUUGGGAAUGGUGGAUCCAUGGUACGACUGCAACAUCAACAGUUUGGGUUCCAUGAUCCCCAAGCUGGCCAAAAUGCAGUCCAACAGCAGCAAGGAGGCAGAGCCUAACCCCUUCCUGUCUGAUGUCAUUUCCUACUACGUGCGGACCGGACUGCAGCCUGUUUACUUCACCAUCUAUUCUGUCAAGAUCUGCUUCUCCAACCUGACCAAGGACCCAGUGGAGGACGUGUUUCUCUCCCACUUGGGGCUGGACUUCCCUGAGUUCAAACAGUCCCUAACUACUUUGAAAGCCACAACCAUCAAGCAGAAGAAGAACACAGGAGACGCAUGCGGUGCCGUCGUCUCUGUCAACUACAAAAAGGUGUCGUUGAGUGGUAGAGACGUAGACAAGGGUAUGUCAUUGAGGACCUCAGGUGUUCAGAUUAGUGCCAUUCCCUCCCAUGAAACAGAAGAUCUGAACUGUCUUACAGUCGCUUUCAACGAAACUAAACCCAAGAACAACGUGGAGGCCCAGAUCCGUACCUGUAACGUUAAGAUCAGAACCCUGGAGAUGAAAACCUUCACUGUGACCCUGGACAAAGACUCUAGGAGAACCUUCCGAGACGUACAGAGCAUAGAGAUCGCUCCCUGUCUUGACCCUGGAUACUGUGUCCAGAAGACCAUGCGGUCCAAGUUCAGUUUGGGGGAAGAGGAGAGGGACGCUGGCCUCAGCAAGUACAUGAACAAAGGACUUCCUCUACCAAUCAAUACCUUCGCUGGUAUCAUCAACUGACUGAUCCCACAACCAUCUGGAUGGACUCCACUGUACAGAGACUGAAACGUUGAGACCAUCUACAUCGCAUGAGGAUCAGGGACGCGCUUAGUACUCACAGCAGCGCCUCAGUGUACCCUGAAGGGAUGUGGAAAGAGAACCUGGGUGGCAGCUACGGGUAACCCACGGUUAUGUACCUGGUGUAACCUUGACAGGAAAACCAGUUGAGUUUGACAAGUGUUUUGUCAACAACAAAACCAAUGAAUUUGCCAUGGGUAUUGGAUCUCGUUCCAGUUUCUGCUUGUGACAGUUAUCAUAUACUGUUCCCAUAGGCAUAUCUCUGACUGACAGCAUAGUCAAAGAACAAUAUUGCCUCUUAAAAUUGACAAUUUUAUGAGAGUGUAAGAGGCAUGAGAGUGAAGCUCAGUUGGUAUUAGCUCCUAGAUAAGCUUUAGCUCAGAGGACUAACAUAAACUUAAACAACCUGGGUUCAAAAUCUGGUCCGUCAGAAGAGUAGCCCACCCUCCCAAUCAUCUAACCUAAGGGAAGACUCAUCCAUCCCUUGACGUCAGGGUUGGGGCAAAUUCCAUUUCAAUUCAGUAAGUUAUGGAGUAAACUGAAAUUCCCAUAGGGAUUGACUGAAUUGAAAUGGAAUUGACCCCAACCCUGCUUGCCAUGUAAACACACUACCUGCUGCUCUUUGAGUUCUGACACUGAAUCACCCUGGCAGGGUCAUUUUCAUUACUAAGCUUGGCAGAAGAACAACUUAAAGAUAGUUUGAUGUCUUGGUGAGCUAACAACAUUGGCUCUUGGAUGAACCCGUUCUUUAAGAAACAGGAUCCGUUUAAAGGGGCAUAUAGUCUAUUUACAGGCCACGUCUGCUCUGAGCUCUUCUAAGUUCAUGAGAGUUUCAAUGCACUGUGCACAAACCUUCAGUAAAAACAUGACACAAAAGAACAGGCACCUAUUUUAAGAUCCCUAAAGAACAUGUUGCAUGACAGGAAACUGAUUCGGGGGGGGGACUUUGUUCUGUAUGCUAUACUAACAAGUGGUGCAAAGCCCAGUGUGGUUGACGAUUACCAUGCUAGGAGGCCUAUGCUAAAAUGAAAGUUAAACUCUGAGCCCUUUGCUUGUUUCAAAUGAAUUUAUCAUGCCUAACUUGAAAGUGAUGGAACACAGUCACCGCUGUCAGACAUAGGCUGGUUUACAAUAAAUCAUGAGGUGACGGGGACGAGUUAUCAUAUAUGCACCCAUAAAAAGUAUGUAGAUGACAGAAAGAUGAGAGAGAGAGAGAGAGAGAGAGAAAGACACUGACUGACUGAAUGACUGAGUGGCCACAUCUAUAAAAGCCCCUGUCGUAAUACCAUUGAAAGAAACGAGGGUCUUAAAGAGUAUUCUGAUCGCCAGCUGGUAUGUUUGAAAUGCAUCAUCAAUCAUCAACAGACCUUUUUGCACACUUGUCUAUUUUUUAAAUGUUAUGUAUGUAAAACUAGUCAUUGGAGUAUGGUGUCAUUGCAAUUACUUGUUUAAUAGUAGUGUAAAUACAUGUAUUUUUAUACAA